GACCUUUGACCUCGUUGUUGUGCUCUUCCCCUCCUUGCAUUCCAAAGUGAGGAUUUCCUGCAGUAUGCCAGAGGCAGUAGUAGCUGUGAGGGCUUGCUCGUUUUUGCGCCCUGAUCGUGUUUACCAGCAGUACUAGGAUAGCAAGCCAGCGUAGAGGCGAGCUGUUGAAAAUUGUUGCAACGUAUCGGCUGUGAGGUACAUGCACGGCUCGAUUUUACGGAGACGUGUGCAGUCAGAAAAGGACUAAACGGAAAAAUAUUAUCUCUUUGUUUGUUCGCGUAGCUAAAAGGAGAGGAACAAUCAGCGGAUUGAAACACUGCAGCUAGCCUGGAAAGCUAAAGCUAGCAUAUAUUAUCGCCCCACAGAGGUUUCAUAUCCGCCGAAUUUAGCUAGUUCGCCAACAGAAGACGAGUGAAAAGACAGAGGAAAUGAAGGACAAACAGAAGAGAAAGAAGGAACGCACGUGGGCAGAGGCGGCUCGCAUGGUCCUGGAGAACUUUUCUGAUGCCCCAAUGACACCUAAACAGAUAUUGCACGUCAUCCAGACAAAGGGCCUUAAAGAAAUGAGGAGUGGUACAGCCCCUUUAGCCUGUCUGGUCACCAUGCUACACUCCCAGGUCAGAGGAGACAGAGUGAAGAAUAGUAUCUUCUUCAAGCUGCCAGGGAGAAUGAGCCUCUUCACUCUAAAGAAAAACGCACUCCAAUGGACAAAGAGCCCUACAGCAUCAGAGACCACUGACAUGACAACCACAUCAGCAGCAUCUACUGCAGCAACAGUUGGGACGGCAGAGGGGCCGGAGCAGGAGAGCUGUGAUUCCACAGAGACAGCUGCUGCUAGUGGUGAGAACGAUGCUUCGGUGGAUGAGACUUCCUCCAGUACAUCCUGCUCCACAGAGCCACAGACCCGACUCAGCCGAUCAUCACAGUCUGGAAGACAGAGGAAAAAAGCUGUAAUGAUGCCACGUGUGGUUCUUACCCCGCUCAAGGUCAACGGAGAACAUGUCCCAUCAGGAGCCCCGGGGAGGCGCAGGGAAGGCUCAAGGGGCGGCCCUGGCCCCACGCUCCGUGCCCGCUCCGAGCUGGGCUGGAAACGCCCCCAGCACUUCAAGAGUAUGCGUGGUCUUCGUUCAGGUACAGAGGAUGAGACUAAAGACCCCUCUAAUUCACCCAUGAAGAGGAGCCGAGGGGGCGUAGAGGUGGAUUUCGAAACCCCUGGCUCCAUCCUGGUCAACACCAACAUCCGUGCCCUAAUCAACACGCGCACUUUUGCUGCUUUUCCACCGCACUCACAACAGCAGCUUCUACAGCUUCUCCCUGAAGUUGACAGACAGGUUGGCCCAGAUGGUCUUGCUCGUCUCAGUAGCUCAGCCCUCAACAAUGAGUUCUUUACUCAUGCCUCCCAGAGCUGGAAAGAACGGCUGGCUGAAGGUGAGUUCACACAUGAGAUGCAGAUGCGCUUCCGGCAGGAAAUGGAAAAAGAGAAGAAAGUCGAGGCAUGGAAGGAGAAGUUCUUUGAGGAGUACCAUGGCCAGAGGUCUGGUUUGACUCGAGAGGAGGCUCUGAAGCUGACAAUGAGUGACACAGGAGAUGUUGCUGCGGCAGUUCUGGAGAGUAACACAGCCUCAGUUGCCACAGGGACACCCAAGAGACGUAGUGUUGGAAGGCGACGGAGGGAGGGACGUAUGAGGCGGAGGUCACGGGCAGACUUGAGGCGUAGAGCUCGGCGCCCUCUGUGCAAAACCGCACCCCCUGCAGUGGCUCAGGCCGAGCAGGCGGAGAGUAAGGUGACUGUAGAUGCUGUGGCAGCUGUCUCAGUACCUGCACCAGAGGCAGCCACAGUUCAAGGAGAAGUGGUCCUCCAGGCAGAGUCUGCACUAGAUGCCCCAGUGGAAAGCCCCUCCCAAGAAGCUGUCCUAUCCCCUGCCCCUGUACCCACCCCAGCUCCUCCAUCUUCAAGCUCCACCUGCGACGAACCGGAAGUCUCUACUCGUCUGCUGCCUGAAGUGGCAGAGCCUGCUGUGGCCUCUACCUCUUCACCCUCCUCAUCAUCAUCUUCAACAUCCUCCUCCUCCUCUCCCUCUUCAUCUCCCUCGUCUGCCUCAGACAGGCAGGGAGCUUUUGCUGCUAGUUCUGACUCUUCAUCCUCCUCCUCAUCUUCAACGGCUGCUGUUGCCACCGAUCCACUUGAUGAUGAGGCCUCAGUCAUCACUACAGGAACUGCAGGAACUGGCGCUAGCAGCAGGGAAAGCAGCCCAGCAGCGAGCCCAGCCACCGCCUGCCCAGCCAUCCAGCUCAAGGAACAGAAGAGGAGACCGGAUGAGUCCCAGGCCUUCACUAGCUUUCCCGAGAAGAGACCACGGCUUGAUGAGCGUCAGUCCUUUCGUAACACAGUUGACUGUGUCCACUCAGAAAAGCCACAGCCCACAACAGAAGAGCCUAAGGUCCCACCGAUCCGGAUUCAGCUCUCCAGGAUCAAACCGCCCUGGGUUAAGGGCCCGCCAACUUACCAAAUCUGUCCCCGCAUCGUGCCCCCGAACGAGGGGUCGCGGCGCUCUGGGACAGGGGCGCGGACCUUGGCAGACAUCAAGGCCCGGGCCCAGCAAGCCCGUGCCCAGCGCGAAGCCGCUGCUGCUGUUGCAGCCACUGGGGACGGGGCAGGGCCUGGCGGGGGCGCGGGGGGCGGUACUGGGGUACCGGAUCGCACCAGCGGGCGGCGGACGAGAGAACACCCAGGUCCUGUUGAACCAGGAGGAGGGGGAGGAGGAGGACGAGGAGGAGGAGGAGGAGGAAGAGCUGAUGUGGAGGGACAGGAGUCACCUGCGAGCUCUCAUUCGUCUGGAGCACAAUUACAGCUGUCCAAUGUAGAUUUAUCAGAGAGGCCUCAAACCUCUACCCCGCAUGCAAUGCUGUCUCCUUCCUCCACCUCGUCAAACCCUUCCCUGCCACCUUCUGAGCCUCCUAAAAGCCCUACACCAUCACCACCAGCAGAGGACAGCCCUGUCUCCCAGGACCAAGUGGAAGAGGUCUGCGAAGAGGAGGAAGUGACUGCCUGUCCCUCUGAUAAAACCUCUGACCAAGCAAUGGAUACUCCAGCACCCACCCCAAGUGAAUCAGAGUCCACGUGUAGUCAGCAGGAGGGGAGACAUGAGGAGUUGGACUCUAAUGAGAGCAGAAAUGCAACACCCAGUUGUACCUCACUGUCUGUCUCCGAGAAGUGCUUAGGUGAAGCGGUAUCUCUUGUGCCCACCUCCAUUCCAGACUCAUUACCCAGGUUUGGGGCUCAAGGGGUUGAUGUCAUCAGAACCCUGGCAGCUUCAUCUCAGCCAUGGGAGAGUGAACAAAAUGGCAGCGAGCAUCGUUCUGGGACAUCUGGGGUUAUACAGCAUGGCUCAGACAUCAAAGGGCUCAAAGAGACAACUCAUACUGCACGAAAUGGAUGGGCUGAGGGUUGUGAUCAGCACACUGUAAGGGAGAGAGUGUUGCAAGAUCACAGUAGUGGAGAGUUGGAUGUUGAAAGCAAGUCUGGAGGUGAUUAUGAAAGCUCUGGUCCUUGUCUACCAGGCACUGCUGGAGAGGAGGAUCCUGGGGCACAUAGUGAUUCCACAGAGACUGCUUCAGACUUUGAAAAUGAAACGCAAGAGGAUGACACAGUGGUGUGGCCUAAUGCAGCGGAUUGUAAUGGAGUUCAGAUUCAAAGCACGAAGGCACAGAAUCAGCCUGUGAUACAGACUCCAAGUCGACUGAACUCCUGCACUUUGAGCCCGCCAAUGGUUCAGCAACCAGUCAUCCAGACCCAUGUCUCCAACCCUGCUCAUAGUCAGACUGUUAUUCAGGCUCGUUUCCCCAAUGGUGUGCAAAAGCAGCCUGUGAUACAAUCUCAAAAGCAGCACACUAUUCGCAGCCAUGCUCAGGACCACGUGUCCAACACUUCGGUCCAGACCCACGUGCAACCUCACCUCACCCAGGGAGAGAUGGACCAGAACAGGGCUCACAGGGCAAGUGAUGUCAGCAACAGUGGAAAGUCAUUCAUCCAAGGAGACGAUGAAUCUAAAUCCAGCAACAGAGUGACUGCUGAUGAUGCUGGAGCAAAGUCCUCAAUAGUUGCUCCUGCUGCUGCUACAAAGAGAGUGCAAGGUUCAGCUCGACCAGUGUCCUCUGUGGAGGCCAAUAACCCGCUAGUCACACAGCUGCUCCAAGGCAGCCUCCCCCUGGAGAAGGUCCUACCCCAGCCACAUUCAGCCAGCAAGCUGGAGAUCAACCGACUACCAGGCGGCCCAACAGUACUUCCGCCUAACCGCCAGCCUGGAGUGCCAACAAGGAGUUUGGGACCCCGUUUCAGAGGACCUCCUGAGACAGGAGGGCUUGCAGAAUCAAGCCCAGAGUUCCAACACAAAGUCCAUGCAAACAGGGUUUCUCCUGGGCCUGGACGGAGUUAUGGUCCCUCAGCACCAGGCUCAGGUCCCUCACGGAUGGCUUGCUUGUUUGAGGAGGCAACCUCACGUGUUUCCACUGUCCAGCAGUUUGUUUCUCAGCAGCCCAGUGGAACAGUGCCAGCAGGUGCAGUACCUGUUAUUACCUCGCUCCCUUCCAGUGCCUCUCGGCACCCAGUGGACAUGAAUUCUCAGAGUUGUGGACCCUUUGAAUCAGCUGUUAUCAAAGAGCACCCUGGACCUCAACCUUCUCGGGGUGCAACUCCUGAGAGGCCAGUUGGCUUCCAGCAGCACCCCAGCAACCUCUCGCAACCCAUGUGUAGAACAACACCAGAUGCCCCCUCUCCUCCACAUGGUGACCUUUGUCCCACAGAGGUCAUACCCACUGUUAAGAUCAACUGGCGUCCUACCAAACCGCAGCAUCAACAGGCCCAGUUUUAUCAACAACAGCUCUCUCCUGUACCUACAGUGAAAAAUGAAGUCUCUUCUCGCCCCUCUUGCCAACAAGCUCUUACCAAAAAUUCACCUGCCCCAAACAGUGGGAAUGGCCCGGUGGUAGUAACCAAAAAAGAACCUCCGAGUUCUAUGGACAGUUUCUUGAGUGGUGGUGGAGGAGGAGGAGGAGGGGCAAUGGAAGGACUACUUAACAUGGAGAUGUCUCUUGCCAGGAUGGCAAAAAAGGAACAAAGCAAAAAUCCUUACACUCGCCAAACAGAUUCCUCAGUCUCCCCAUCCUCAUCUUCUCCUUCCUCUUCUUCUGCCUCAUCCCUUCCCUUCCAGCUUUACGGAAAGCUGCCAAAGCUACAACAGAGUGGUGCUGGGGGUGUCUUGGGUGGAGGAGUUGGUGGGUCUACACCUGGCUUCAGCUAUACCGCAAACGUGUCUGUUGUAGAUGGAAGUGGCUUUUCCCGCAGCAUAGCAGAUGGCGUGCUGCAGCUGCGGCCACGUGUUAGUGUUGGUGGCGGUGGAGGCCAGAAUGCUACACUUAGCAUCCAGGCCUUUGCUGACAGCACUGCAGAAGAGGUGGCACUAAAGUGUUCUUGCCGACUCAAAGCCAUGAUUAUGUGCCAGGGUUGCGGUGCUUUCUGCCACGAUGAUUGCAUCGGCCCUUCCAAACUGUGUGUAUCCUGCUUGGUGGUCAGAUAGUGUGCUUCUACGCCCUCAGACUAAGCCUGGUUGUCAGAACUAAUGCUGCGCCCUCUCCAGACUUGGUCCACUUGGCUGUUGCCAGAAACCCUAUAAUGUUUUGAACUCGUGAACAAAGGAGAUCAAGGGCAGGGCACUAAGUGUGGAUAUGGACCAGUUUUUUGAGAAACGGGCCAGGCAAUACCAUGGGGUGGGAAGAUGCCUUGUAAAAUGAAAAUCAGUCUGUAU